AUCAAACAAAUCUUUCUUUCAUUCCUCAAUUUUCCCAUUUAGAAAGCUAGAUAAUCUGUCAAAAAAAAAGCUAUUUUUGAGCUAAUUGCUACAUAUCAAAUGGCUGUUUUUUCAAGAAAUGUGUUUUCUUCUUCAGUAGUGGCAGUUCUGUUUUUCCUUCUGUUGAGUUUCACUGACGCAAGAGACCAUUUGGUUGGUGGAAAAACUGAUUCUUGGAAAAUCCCAUCUUCCGAAUCAGAUUCCCUCAAUCAUUGGGCUGAAAAAUCGCGAUUUCUUAUUGGAGAUUCUGUUGUGUGGAAGUAUGAUGGGAAAAAAGACUCUGUUUUGGAAGUGAGCAAGAGGGACUAUGUGACAUGUAACACAUCAAGUCCAAUAGCAGUGCACAAUGAUGGGAACACAAAGAUAGUGUUGGAACACUCAGGGGCAUACUAUUUCAUAAGUGGAGCAAAAGGGCAUUGUGAGCAAGGACAAAAAUUGAUUGUAGUGACAUUGUCUGAGAAGAACAUGAGGAGAUUCGCGGAUGCACCAGCACCAUCUCCAGUAGAAUUUGAUGGUCCAGCUAUAGCUCCUUCUAGCAAUGCUGUUAGUUUGAAGGCUAGUUUGGUUGUUGCUUUUGGGGUUUUAGUGGGGUUUUGGAUGUGAAGUGAUGGAAAUUCAUUGAUUUAUUUGAUUGAGGUUAGGGGGAAAGGAUUAAAGGUGGUGGCCUUCUUGGUCAUUGCUUCCUUAAUUAUUUUAUUCUUUUAUUCAAUUUGUUAUUUACUUUCCUG